UUCAACAGGCAGCGAACGCAGGCUUCGUGAUGUUGUGUGGCGAGUGUAUGUCUACCAGUGUACCGUCUCUUCUCUGAACGUCGCUCGGAUUGGACAUAUGUCAUCGCGAAGCUGUGAGAAGUGACAGGCACGCGUGAUUCGUUUAACUUUGGUUUCUCAACGUUUUUUUAUUUUCACUGUUGCUGCCGGUCUUGACACAGUGACGAGAAAGAGAACGAGGGCAAGGAGGGAGGCGUAUAUGUGAGGACUUCUUGAUUUGGAUUUUUAUUUUAUUCACUUUGCCAAGCGCGAUGGCUGAAGCCCCGCAGCAACAAGUGGUGGAGAUCGACCCGGAUUUCGAGCCGCUGUCCCGCCCGCGUUCUUGCACCUGGCCGCUGCCCCGUCCGGAGUUUAUCAAUCCCGCGAACUCCAACACCUCUUCGCCGGCUCCUUCUGUCAAACAGGAGCCCGGGAGCAAUGUUGAUUUCAUCAACGACUUCAGCCUGUUAGAAGAGAAUGAAGAUUACCAGGACGUGAAGCCGCUGACCGUAUGCAGUGAUUUCCAGUGCCAGGAUGGGUGCAUUCACCAGCCGCCGACGCAGCAACAUCAGCACCCGCUUGCUCAUCAACAGGUGGCUCCCACCUCCCUGUCGUCGCCGGCCGGCUCCGCAGCUGUGGCCGCUCAGAGGAAGAGCAGCUCCUCCCGCAGGAACGCCUGGGGAAAUAUGUCCUACGCCGACCUGAUCACGAAGGCCAUCGAGAGCUCGCCAGAGAAGAGGCUCACCUUGUCUCAGAUCUACGACUGGAUGGUUAAGAGCGUGCCUUACUUUAAGGACAAGGGAGACAGCAACAGCUCGGCCGGCUGGAAGAAUUCCAUCCGGCACAACCUCUCAUUGCAUAGCCGGUUUGUACGGGUCCAGAACGAAGGCACCGGGAAGAGCUCAUGGUGGAUGUUGAACCCAGAGGGAGGAAAAAGUGGAAAGUCUCCACGAAGAAGAGCCGCCUCCAUGGAUAACAACAGCAAAUUUGCCAAAUGCCGUGGAAGAGCAGCAAAAAAAAAGGGCGCUCAUCAAGGAGGACAAGAUGGUGGUGCAGACAGUCCCGGAUCGCAGUACACAAAGUGGCCUGGCAGCCCCAACUCCCACAGUAAUGAUGACUUUGAGGUGUGGAACACUUUCAGACCCCGCACAAGCUCCAAUGCCAGCACGAUCAGCGGGCGUCUUUCACCAUUCAUGACCGAGACUGAUGAUCUUGCAGAAGCUGAAGUGCACACGCUUGUGUACUCACCUGCUUCCAGCAAACUGGCCUCCACACUGCCCAGUCUUUCAGAAAUGGCCAGCUCCAGCCACCACAACACAGAGAACGUAAUGGAGGACUUGCUGGACAAUUUAAAUCUUCUUUCUCCUAAGUCCUCGCAAGUGACGGCCUCCUCCACUCAGUCCUCACCUGCCACCAUGAUGCAGCCAAGUCCCGGCUAUCCCUCCUACACAUCUCCCAAUACUGCCAGUCUGGGGUCGCAAUCUCAAGACUAUAGAAAAUGUUUGUAUAGCCAACCCGGUAUGAAUUCUCUUUCUCCGAUGCCUAUGCAGACACUGCAAGAUAACAAACCUGCUUACCCACCCACCCUGAGCCAAUAUGGCUGUCCAUCAGGGCUUCUUAAGGAGCUUCUGACAUCUGAUGGAGACCCUCAUAAUGAUAUGAUGCCCUCAGUAGACACUGUGGUAUCCCAGUCCACCAACAGAGUUGUUUCUGGCCCUAGUGUGAUGAUGGCACCCAACUCUCUGAUGUCAUCCUAUACAGGAGGGCAGCAAGGUCAUGCCAAGAUGAUGACAUCCGCCAACACACACUCACACCCAGUUCACAGCCAGCCAUCACCAACAAUUAACGGCCGUGCCUUAAAUCAUCCAAUGACUGUAAUGGCGCACAGUGCAGGACUGAACCGCCUAGCGACAGUAAAGACUCUCAUGCAAGUGCCUCACAGCCAGGCCCCACAUAUGAGCAUGCAUCAGUACAUCAGUGGCAGCAACGGUUACGGCAGGGUGGGCCUGCUCUCAGUCCAUCAGGAAAAACUGCCCAGUGACUUGGACGACAUGUCAAUUGAGCGGUUUGAAUGUGAUAUGGAAUCCGUCCUGCAUGAUACCUUGAUGGACGGAGACUCUUUAGAUUUUAACUUUGACCCCAUGGUACCAAACCAGGGCUUUUCACACGGUGUAAAGACAACAACUCACAGCUGGGUAUCAGGAUAAGCGUGGUCAGGCUAUCCACCUGAAUCUGGACCUACACCAGUGGAAAACAAAUCCAUCAUCUUUUGCAUUUCUCCCGAGACACACAGACAGCCCACCCCCUACACGCACACACACAAAUAUAUAUGUAAUAUAUAAUGUGUGUAUAUUCUUUUACUUCUUUCUCCUUUUAUCAGACUUGGCAGCAGAAAGCUUUUUCCUGUACAGGAUGUUUGCCCAGUGCGUGCAGGUUAUGUGCCGCUUCUGAUAAGGCUUCUGCCAUUGGAAAUUUUAUAGAAUCAAGUGCCAAACUCACUACAUAAUGUCAUAGUGGAGUUUAUUUACCUGAAGUUGGUUUGUUUUUUAGACUUUUUUUUUAAGGAGCUACACAUACACACACAUACACUCAAUGUGCCUAAUAAUGUUAGAAUUCUGCUUUUAAGGUAUGUGCUGACAGUACAGUAAUAUUGAUGAAACUGGAGCCAUUCACUGCUGAACAGAUGUGUCUCCCCUUGUUUCUUGUGACCCUGUCCUCUUCCGUUUGUAAUCAACAUUAGAGGUAUUAUUAUUAUUAUUAUUUACAAUUUAGGAAAGUCUUAAUCUAUUUAUAUACUGAUAACAGUUAUAUUUCCUACCUUGUGUUACAAGGAAUAAUGAAGAAUAAUCUUUCUUGGUAUAAACCAAUGCUAAAUAUGACAGCCUUACAAAUGACCAGCAGGGCCUUUGUUUUCUAAUGCAGGGAUUUUGUGAUUUUUUUUGUUUUUUUGAAUCCCAUUUUCAAGUCCAGCGUGUUUUCUUCUAAUUCUUACAUGCCAAGUCUGUUUCACCAUUUCGUGUAUAUACAGCAAGUUUACAAUAAUGUCCAGUAUCGGAGCAGCAGAUUUGUAGUGUGUGUGUUUUUCUUUUUUUUUUCCGUUUAACUGGAUUUAUGAAGCAUUUUGUUUUUUUUUUUUUUUUUGCCAGUGCUUACUCAGUGUGAGGCUGUUAAAGCUUUGCUUUGUUGGAGUAAACAAAAGACAAAUCUUUUACCCAGUUACAUACUUUUAUUUUUCUAACAUUAAAUUCGAAAGCAGAUCAUGUACAGACUGGCUUUUUAGCAUUUCAGAAUUUCUUAUUUAAUAUGUGUUAUAUCCACUUAAUGCAUGUAUGCGCCAUUUAUCUUAGAUUUAUACUUUUCUGUAGCUUUUGCUUUUUUUUUUGUUUUUCCUUAUACAAAGGAAACGACUAUAAUAAUGUCAGGCAGGUCGGAAAAGUCUGCUGUAAUCGGGGGAAGCGUCUGCUUCUGGAGUCGGUUAGUGACAGGUGUGGUGGUGGCUCAUUACGGUCACAGAGCUGCUUAUUUCAGCAAAUGUUUGGUAUCCUCCAGGAAUCUGUAACAACAGAACUGCUGCUGCAUAAUGCGAUUAGAAAGAUUUGGAAUACUGACCUAUAUCUGCCGUUUUAUAUACAAUAUCGCCUUUUGUAUGCCCCACGUAGUACCAUGAAGUGUUAGAUAUCCUGCCAUAGCUGCUUCUGUUUUCCUGUAAUGUUUCUUGUCGUUGAAGAACUCAUAAUGUUUAUAUUUUCAAUAUACUGUAUAUAAAACAAAUCCAUAUAUCGUGUGUUUCGAUUCCACUUUUGUAUUCCUAUAUACAGUGGUGUGCAAAAGUAUUCAACCCCCUUGAAAGUCACCAUCAUUUUCUGCAUGACUAAACAUAUGCACACAUAUUUAUCCGUUCAGUAUUUUUAACGUGAACUCUUGUGUUGUAACAAUACAUUUCCAAAGUCCAAACAAACCAUUUUGUGUAGAGUUUUACCUGAAGAAGACAAACUCCAAUGUUAAUGUUUCAGAAUCAGAAUCAGAAUUUCUUUUUUGUCAUUGUAACAAAUACAAUGAAAUUAGGUGCAGCAUUCAAGGCCUACACUUUCAUUCUUUGUCGAGAGCCCUUCUGUUCCAAUAACAGCCUUCAUUCUUUUGAGGUAUGUAAGUAUGCCAGUUUUGCACCUUAUUCAGUGCUGAUUCUUCCGCAUUCUUCUUGGCAGAAAUUCUAGAGACCCUCUAGGCUGGUGGGCUGGUGUCUCUGGAAAGCAGUUUUCAAAUAGUGCCGCAGAUUCUCAACAGGGUUACGAUCAGGGCUUUGAGUUGGCCGUUCCAAAACAAUCACCUUUCUGUUUUUGAGUCAUUCCAGUGUCGCUUUGGCCUGUCGCUUAGGGUCAUAUUGUCAUGUUGAAAGGUAAAUCUUCUGCCGAGCCAUAGGUUCAUAGUGGACUGGAGCAAGUUUUCCUGCAGCAUUGUGUCCAUCCAUUGUCCCUUCAACUCUGACGAGAUUCCCAGUUCCAGCCCAUGUAAAGCUUCCCCAUAGCCUGAUGCUGCCACCACCGUUAUUUCACUGUAGGUCUGGUGUUUCUUGAGGCCUGGGCAGUGGUAGUUUUACACCACACAAACAAACAUCUUUUAAGUCUGGCCAGAAAGUUCUGUUUUGGUCUCAUCUGACCAUUAAACCUUCUCCCACAUCUUAUUUGGGUAUUUCUCAUGCUUUGUAGUAAAUGCCAUACGUGUGGACCUCCUUAAGGAAUAGCUUCUCUCUUACUACCCUGUUUUGCGGAGACAUCCUGAAAUUGUGGACUCCUGCACCUUCACUAGAGUUUCAGCCAAAGAGCACUGCAGACUUCUGAGAGUGACGGUUGGGUUUUUAGUCGCCUCUCUCACCAGUCGAUGUCUCGCUCCGAUGUUUAGUUUGAUGGGACAGCCUGUUCUAGGAAGAGUCUGAGUGCUGUGAUGAACCUUCCACUGUCUGAUGAGGGACCCCACAGUGCGCAGUGGGACAUUGAAACAUUUUGAUAUUUUUCGGUAGCCAUUUCCUGCCUUGUUUCUCACAUUAGCAGAAUGUGUCUUCAUUCAUUUGUCUUCAUUUUGGCAGUGAUUGUCCAACUUAGGCUGUGGCCCUCACAAAGGGGGCUUUUUAUACCCAGAGAGAUAUAAAGAACUCACAAGUAGCACCUCAUUAUGUUUAAUUAUGACUGUCACAUGACUGUCACCUUUGUGUCGUUUGUGUAAACCUGGGGCUUUGAAAGCAUAGGGGUUUAAAUACUUGUGCAAACACUAACUUUGGAGUUUGUUUUCUAUAGUUAAAUAUCUACAGAAGAUGGUUUAUUUGGACUUUAGAAAGGUAUUGUCACAACACAAGAGUUCACGUUAGAAGUACUGAACAGAUAAAUACGCAUACAAAUCUUUUAUCAUGCCGAAAAUUAUGGCGACUUUCAGGGGGAUUGGAUACUUGUGCACGCCACUGUACACAUUCUUAUUGAACAUGCCGAGAUCAAUUGAUGAGAUCCAUUAUAUUUUUGUUAAAUAUCAAGCCUAUUAGUGAAAUAGUUAAACAAAUUGAUCCUUCUUUCUCGAAAAGGAGCUCAAAGGUCACUGAUAUCCAGUGCUUGCUAAGGUCAGUUCAAACACUCACAAAAGCAAUAAGGUAGCAUAUUCAGGGUCUCUGCUUUGGGGGGCCGAAUUCUUGGGACUGAAUGUCUUUCUAUACACAAAACAGUUUGAUAGUUGAAUCUACUGAUUUAUAUUUUUAUAUUCGGGAAAAAAAAUGAACGUACUUUGUGAGAAAAUAACAUUUAUAUCUUUUAAAGGAUCCAAAGUUACUUUGGCAUUAAUGGAACAUUUCAGCAUUCAAUGUAAACAUUAUGAGUCCUUUAUUUAUACACCUUUAAAAAAAAGAUAAAAUAAAAAAACUGAAUGUUUCAUAUUUUGUUGUCAUCAGAAUUGUAAAUGAUUGCUUUGUGAAAUGCGCAAAUGAUCUUAUCUAUGCAGUCUUGUAUUUUUUUUAAUUUGUACUUCUGAAAAGUAUAUUGUAUUAUAGAGCUGUUGAGAUAUUUUAUGUAUCAGAUGUAUUGUUUCAGAUAGAUAUAUGAAAAAAAUGAAGUAUAUUUAGUUAUUAGAUACAAUGAUUUCAAUGCUUUUUUGGGUUAACUGACUAUUAUUCUUCUAUUUAGCUGGGAUCUUUAAAAUAAUAUUAAAGAAUAAAGUUUUAAUAUUAAGGCUGAAAUGUCAGCUGGGCAUCCCUAACAGGAGGGAAAAAAAAUUAUAUCGGACCAAUAUUUCUUUUUUUUAUUAUUUUAUAAAGAUUGACUUGACAAAAAAAAUAAUUGCACUUCCUAAAACAUUUGCUUUUAUUGAAUCAGUCUACUUCACUGAUUAAAAGUUUAUUUCUUCUAUAUUGUUUUAAAACUGUUACAUUUCUUAACUUAUAUAAAUUGUUUUAUUAAACUUUUUUUUUUACAAUCAGUGAAAUAAAAAAUAAUAAACAAAAAUGAUUUUGAAAUAAAAAAUAAGUUUUAUGGGGUGGGAAAUUUUUUGGAAGAAUUGAAAAUAAACCGUGAAUGAGGCCAGCCCUUCCUUUGGUGGAUGUUCCACAGACCAGCGCGUAUGGCUUUACAUGGCAUGUAAAUAUUACGUACUGUAAUAUUGGAGGGGUCCGGGUUGGGGUGGGGAGGGGGGACGCAGGUAAACGCACGCCUUAACUGCUUAAGCAACACGUGAAAAACCUUCUAACUAAGGAAAUGCCUGCUGAUGAUGUAUCUUCAGUGAAUAAGAACAAUCUUUGCAGUUGGUGUAUAAAGCCAUACAUGUACAUAAAUUAUAUUACAGAAGU